UGCCAAGGUACAAUUUCUUUCUGAUUUUUGGUUUUGCAAGAUUUAAUUUUUAAACAUGGACAUUCCGUUACAGCGUUACCAAAGUAUCUCGUUGGGUCAAAUUAGGAAUACUUGUAGUUUUCUGCCUUCUUCUUCUUCUUCUUCUUCUUCUUCAACAAAUCACAGGGGUUUUAAGCAGAUAAAGUUUUUCUCUUUGUAUCGCUUUUCUUUCAAUAGCAGAAAAUGGAGGAAUCCAUUUGCUAUAAACCAGUGUUGUUCGCUAGAUCGAGGAUUACAACCACGGCCUAAACCUAAACCUUCUAAAGUCGACAUUGAUGUAGAAGAAGGGACAAAUUUCAAAGAUACCCGGAUAAAGAAACCCAGUGCUAGAAUUUGUAGUCAGAUAGAGAAGUUAGUUCUCCAUGGAAAAUAUAGAGAGGCACUUGAAUUGUUUGAGAUACUUGAGCUUGAUGGUGGGUUUGAUGUGGGUAGUAGUACUUAUGAUGCUUUAGUUAGUGCUUGUAUUGGACUAAGAUCUAUCCCAGGCGUUAAGAGAGUGCUUAAUUAUAUGUUGAGUAAUGGGUUUGAACCUGAUCAGUAUAUGGCUAACAGAGUUCUGCUUGUGCAAGUUAAGUGUGGGAUGAUGAUCCAUGCGCGUAAAUGGUUUGAUGAAAUGCCUGAGAGGAAUUUGGUUUCUUGGAAUACUAUUAUUUCUGGACUAGUGGAUAUGGGGGACUAUAAGGAAGCAUUUAGGUUGUUUCUGAUUAUGUGGGAGGAGUUCUCUGAUGCUGGUUCUCGUACUUUUGCCACCAUGAUCCAAGCGUCUGCUGGGUUGGGAUGGAUUUCCAUAGGGAGACAGUUACACUCGUGCGCUUUGAAGAUGGAAGUAGGGGAUGAUAUAUUUGUUUCUUGUGCUUUGAUUGAUAUGUAUGGUAAGUGUGGGAGCAUUGAAGAUGCUCAUUGUGUCUUUGAUGAAAUGCCGGAGAGAAAUAUAGUGGCUUGGAAUACUAUUAUUGCUGGUUAUGCACUUCACGGUUAUAGCGAGGAAGCUUUGGACAUGGUGUAUGAGAUGCGUAAUUCUGGUGUAAGAAUGGACCAUUUCACAUUUUCUAUAGUAGUGAGAAUAUGUGCACGAUUAGCUUCUUUGAAUUAUGCUAAACAAGCCCAUGCUUCUCUACUUCGUCAUGGUUUUGGAUCAGAUAUUGUAGCAAAUUCAGCACUUGUUGACUUUUAUAGCAAAUGGGGAAGAGUGGAAACUGCUCGGCAUGUUUUUGACCAAAUGCCUUGCAAGAAUGUUAUCUCCUGGAAUGCCUUGAUUGCUGGAUAUGGGAAUCAUGGUAAGGGAGAUGACGCAAUUGAGUUGUUUGAGCAGAUGCUUCAAGAAAGGAUAAGACCCAACCAUGUCACUUUUCUUGCUGUUUUAUCUGCCUGUAGCUAUUCUGGUUUAUCCGAGCAUGGGUGGGAAAUUUUUCGAUCUAUGGAUAGAGAUUACAAAGUUAAGCCUCGGGCUAUGCACUAUGCAUGCAUGAUUGAAUUAUUAGGAAGAGAAGGGCUCUUAGAUGAAGCUUUUACUUUGAUAAGAAGUGCUUCUUUCAAGCCUACAGCAAAUAUGUGGGCUGCCCUGUUAACGGCAUGUCGAAUCCAUGAAAAUGUAGAGCUUGGAAAAUUGGCAGCUGAGAAACUCUAUGGAAUGGAACCCCAGAAGCUUAACAAUUACGUUGUUCUUUUGAAUAUAUAUAACAGUUCUGGCAAGUUAAAGGAGGCUGCUGGUGUCAUCCAUACUUUAAGAAGAAAGGGUUUGAGAAUGCUUCCGGCAUGCAGUUGGAUUGAAGUUAAGAAACAGCCACAUGUUUUCCAUUCUGGUGAUAAAUUUCACCCCCAGAGAAAGGAGAUAUAUCAAAAAGUGGAUGAUUUGAUGAAGGAAAUUUCUAAGCACGGUUAUGUUCCUGAGAAGAACAGCCUGCUUCCUGAUGUGGAUGAACAAGAACAGCUUGUGCUGUUGUACCAUAGUGAGAAACUAGCGAUUGCUUUUGGAUUGAUUAAUACUCCAUAUUGGGCUCCUUUGCAAGUUGUUCAGGGCCACCGUCUCUGCUGUGACUGUCAUGAAGCAAUUAAGCUGAUAGCUAUGGUUAGCGGGAGGGAAAUUGUAGUUAAGGAUGCCAGCAGAUUCCAUCAUUUCAGAGAUGGGAAUUGUUCUUGUGGGGAUUACUGGUAAUGGUAUAUAAUAAUAUACAUUAAGGUCCGUUUUUUCCCUGUUUGAGAAUAUCUAUCAGCAACUUAAUAAAAAAGUUCAUUAUUCUA